AUGGGAAGCUGGCAGGGAAAUAGCCCUGGUGCCGGGGUAGACACAGAACCCAGUAGCUUGCUUAGAAAUCCUGAGAAUCUGCAUGUCCAUCUCACCUCCGAGGUAGCCUGGUGGCUAAGAAAGCUUAGCUGGUUUUGUUGGUCUGGAGAAGAACUUGGUUUGAGGGCCCUGCUGGAAACACAGGUGGAGGACAAUGGGCUUAGGAAGGUGCCAGGGCCUACAGGGCUCACGGUCCAGUGGAGUGGGAGACAUGAUGAUAGUGAUGAUGAUGAUGAUGAUGAUGAUGAUGAUAAAUGGUCCUUAGCCUUGUGGAGCCCAUGGCUAGGGGAGACAGGAUUUCUGAGGCAAUACUUCAGGAAUUCUGAGGCAAUGGUGAUGUUACUGCUAUCUUCAGCGGGAGUAGUUUUAGGGAAUGUGGCCUACAACCUGGUUGAGGUACACCAGGUUGUCUACCCUCUUCUCAAGUUACCCAACUUCUCCCUCUUCUGUUACUUUGCGCCUCUCAUCAUGUUCAUGGCUGCCCUGGAUGUGGACCACCUCAAGAAUGUGCUUUGGCAGGUCAUAUUGGUUGGACUAAUCAACUUCUUCACAGCACUCAUUGUUAUUGUCUGUGUGACUGUAAAAUUCAAUAAGGAAUUAUGGGAUUUGCAGUCCACUCUACUUUUCAGUAUAGUGAUAAGCAUUAUAGACCCUACUUCUUACUUUGCCUUUCCUUCUCCAGGUAUUUCCAAGAUGCACAUGGAUAUCAUUAGUGGAGAAUCGCUGGUCAUAUGCGGCCUCAUUACCACUUUAUUUGGGAAUUUCCGGAGAAAUAUCCCUAACUUCUAUGAGUUCAGAGGGGCCCUGAAAUCCUCGAGUUCAUCCCUCAUGCACCCUCUUCAGCACCAUGCCUGGCCCAAUGUCAUUCUCUGCUUAUCCUUGGUCUAUAUGACCUUCUAUAUAGUAGAAUUUUGGGGAAUGUCAGGCUUGGUGGCUUUAAUGAUCAUUGGACUGAAACUUGAUUCCUUAAGCUUUAAUCCGAAGAUGGAGUCAGUAUUUACCAAAAUCCUGAUGAUAUUUUGCUUCGCAUACCAACAUGUCAUCUUCACCUUCUUUGGCAUCAUCAUCAGAUGCGGAGAAAUCAUAUACUUAGAUUUCCAUGUCUUGUCUUUCAUCUUCAUUUUAUUUUUAACGGUCAAUUUUGCAAGGUUGUUCACAGUUGUGCUGGUGAGCCCUAUCCUGAGCCACCUGAGUUACAAGUAUAACUGGCGGUGGGCAAUGGUCAUUGCUUGGUCUGGGCUGAAGGGUGCUAUAAAUUUGCUCUUGGCUCCCAACAUUUAUAAGCUGGCCCAGGAGAAAGUGGAGGAGCCACAGAAGUUUAUCUUUUAUAUACAAGUCGUGAUAUUACUGACUAUAGGCAUCAACACCUACAAGAUGAUCUACUUAGCCAGGUCCUUAGGCCUGUGCACCAUCUCUCUCUCAGGGCAGAUGGUCAUGCAGAAUGUUCUGGGCAUGCACAUUCAGGAGAUCAUCAAGAACAUCAUCACUUUAAAUAAGACCAAGAGGCUCCUGAGCAACAUUGACUGGGACCUAGUGGAAAAGAUAAAGAUCAAGCACAGCAUUCCUGCUGGUGACUCCAUGAUGCCCCCUCUGACUGACCAGAUGGGGCCCAUAGAAGACAUUCUAAUGGAAGAGGCCAGGUUGCAAGUAGCUGUCAUACAAAUGAGUAGCUACAAGAAGCAGUACCACGACAGAAUCCUGUUCACGGAGGCAGGUCGGAAACUAAUUGGAGCCACUAAGGCAUACUGUGCCAAAAAGGGAAAAUUCAUGAAUAUUUGUGAUGUUUUGACAUACAUGAGAAGUCGUAGCUGGCUGGUGAAGUUUAAGAAGGUCCUGAUUUUGUUGGAGUAUCAGAAGGAAAAGCCGCCUCUUUAUCUCUUUCAGAAAAGCAAACUUAUGAUUUUUAUCUAUCGCAUCAGAUUUUCUGAAAACUUUGAAUAUGUAGAACAUGCUAUUCGGCUAAUAUACACGUACCCAUUGGCAGUCCAUCUGUGGCCAAAGACGAGAGAGUUAAAUGUCAGAGCACUGAUAAAAACCAACUACUUUUUUGUGACUUUCCUUAUAGUAGAAUCAGUCUUGAAGGUCAUCAUUUUGCAGAAAAAAUACUUUCAGGAAUAUUGGCAUUUACUGGAGUUUACCAUUAUGAUUCUUGGAGUGGUUGAUACAUGUUGUGUAUAUCUUGUACAUCUGCAGCCAGACAGCUGGUUCCUUAUCCAGAGUGCAGUCAUCUUGGGGUAUAUGCGCUUUCUCAGGCUUAUUCCUUUAAUCAAGAUUCUGAUCCCAGUGCUCAUUACUAUGGUGGAUGAGCUGAUCAGAAAGCGCGGGAGCCUGUUAUACAGCAUCACCAAGGGUUACAUCAAGGCGCAGGACGACACCAAGUACUUCAUCAAAUACAUUUUCAGCCAAGAAUCAGUCAAUCAGAAAUUAGAUGAGAUUCUGAAAACGAACAAACUGGCUGCGGUUCAAGAACUUGAGUUCAUCAAGAGUGAGUUUCGGGACAUUGGUGGUGCUCUGGAGACGCGUAGUGCCAUCCUCACUGUGCUCGCCAAAGCCCUUAAGAACCUCACUUUCCUUGGGUCCAGGGGCUUCAUCAGCAAACAAGAGUGCGUGGGUAUAAACAAGGUUCUUCUUUCGAAAAUAAAGGACCUGAACAAUUUCCCCAUGGUGAUUCCACCCCCAACUCCAGACAAAUACCUGCAUAACAUCGAGUGGCUGGAAAACAAGGAGCCUCUCAUUGAUUUCUUCAAACAAAAAGCCAAGAUCAUCUACUUGGAAUAUGGUACCAUCUUUUGCACAGAAGGGGAAAUGCCCCAAGGAAUCUACUUGAUUAUUUCUGGGCGGGCAAUUCUGCACUACAGCUCAGCUCCCAGCUUAGGUGUGACAAGCAAACAAAGGGCCAACAGAGAGUCCGAGACCAUGUUCACAGAGGAGUGCACCAGUGGGGACAUCAUCGGGGAGCUGAGCUGCCUGGUCAAGUGUGAGAACGAGUACACAGCCAUCUGUGAUACUUCCCUACAGGUCUGCUUUAUUUCCCUGGAGGAUCUCUUUGAGGGCUUCGAUGUCUUCUGGCCCUCCCUGGAACCUAAACUGUGGCUCAAGCUGUGUCUUUCCAUUGCCCAUAAGUAUAUUGAGUCAAGUCUUGUGAAGGUCAGUGACCUGGGCCUGAGCUUCCAGAAGUGUGUACAGUUCAACAAUGCCCAUGUGGAAACACUCUCCAGGUACAAUGAGAUAGUGAUCGAUAGGUCCAGCCUCAAGUUGGCCAUUCUUGUGUAUGGCAGCGCCCAGGAUAACCUGACCAAGGUGGACUAUUUCGCUCCAUCCAUCUUACCUAACUCCUGUGAACAGGUCCAGGGAACUUCAGAAAUCAACAAGUUACUGAUGAUCCAGGACUCCAAGGACCCACAAGACAGCAACAGCUCCAAGGUUCUGUCUGUUGGUGGAGAUAGACUUGUAAGCCCUGGUGUGGUGCCGACUGCAGACAACCACCAGGGCAAGAACCCGCCCAGGCUAGGGCCUAGAACCUCGAUGGCGAACCUAUGGCAUGUGUGCCAGCAUCUUCCUUCUGGCCCUCUCCAGGGGAGCCAGUCUGCUCUUUUAUGGCAUUCUUGGGUCUCAGGAAGCCCUGAAACCAAAAGAACCUCAGGAUACUCAGCAUCAGAGGAGUGGUGGCUGGAGCCUCUGCACACUGGCAAAUGUGGGGGCAGAGUGCCAAGAAGCCAUGUUCAGAGAGUGCACACUUGCCCCUGCCAGCUGCUUCUACAGUACACGUUCAACCCUCCUGACCUCUCCCAGGUCCAGGGCCAAGGUGCACGGCACCACUCAUACCUCAUCACCUCCCCUGAAGGGAACUCAUGGAAAUGCUUUCUUUUAGAGCAUGCCGCCGGAUCCUUCACCUCGGAACACGCAGCCCAGUUCCUCAUCUACUGA